AUGCAUUUUGAGCCAGGUGAAGAAAAGGUCAACAAGAGCUUCCCAGGGGGAUUUAUACUUCUCGGCUACUCUGCAUUUCCCCAGCUGGAAAGGGUUCUCUUCUGGAUCGUGAUCUGCUUGUACACCAUGAUCAUUCUCUCCAAUGCAACCAUCAUUCUGCUGUCUUGUGUGGACCCUCGGCUCUACACCCCCAUGUACUUCUUUCUCAGCAAUCUCUCUUUCUUGGAUCUCUGCUUCACCACAAUUGUUGUGCCCCAAAUGUUGUUCAACUUGUGGGGGCCAGACAAGAGCAUCACCUACACAGGCUGUGUCAUCCAGCUGGGCACGUUGCUCAUUGUUGGUCCCACAGAAGGUGUCAUGCUGGCAGUGAUGGCCUUUGACCGCUAUGUUGCUAUCUGCCAGCCCCUGCGCUACCCCAUCAUCAUGCAUCCUCAGUUCUGUUGGAAGCUGGUGCUCAUGUCUUGGCUGUCUGGCCUCAUCGAAUCUGUCACUCAAACAACCAUCACUUUCCAGCUGCCUUUUUGUGCCCACCACUGUCUGGAUGACUUUCUAUGUCAGGCUCCUUCACUCAUAAGGCUGGCUUGUGGAGACGCUUUCAUUAGCGAGUGGCAGAUGACUGUCUCUACUCUUCUCUUUACCAUCGUGCCGAUAGGGCUGAUCCUGACUUCUUAUGGCUACAUAGCUCAAGCUUUAGGUAAAAUCCAAUCCGAGGAGGGAAGGCAGAAAGCCAUUGCCACCUGCUCCUCCCACCUCACUGUGGUCUUCAUCUUCUAUGGGACAGUGGCCAUGGUUUACACAGACCCUAAGAACCAAUUUGCUUCAAAACAUGGCAAGGCUGUCAGUUUCUUCUUCACCAUGGUCACACCAUUGCUGAAUCCUCUCAUCUAUACCCUGCGGAACAAAGAAGUGAAGGGUGCCCUCCAAAGACAGCUGAGCAAAGGCAUCAACGUAAGGAAAAAAAAAGAAAAGCAAUUUAUCUUUUGA